AUGAAGGUAACACAGUUGAUCUGUUUGUUACAAGUGGUAUCAUUGGGAUGGGCAAGCACCAAAUACCCUGAAGAAGAAUACGACUUGGUCCAGCCUGCUUCAAACAUCGACACAAAGUCCCUUGAUAUCGAUAUCCAACCAGAUACCGAUGUCGCCAAAUAUAGUGAGAAAAAACAUCCAAAGGGAAGAGCCGGUAGUGUCACCGAAAUCAAACCAGCCAAGGUUGCGUCAGACGAAGGUUUGUUAGAAGAUGCUCCUACUUAUCUUAAAGAAGCAGACAAAAAGAAAGAAGACAGUACCAAGGUUGUCGCCGAUGAAACAGCUCUUGACGUUGAACCAAUAAAAUCCAAAGCGGAGAAAAAACUUGAAUCGGAGGAAGAAAAUAAACCAGACGAGUUCCACUCAUUCAUCAUGUCAGUAUCCAUGAUUUGCGUUUCGGAAAUAGGGGACAAGACAUUUUUGAUUGCCGCAUUGAUGGCCAUGAGAUCUCCUAAAUUGGUGGUGUUUAGUGCUGCUGCUUCUGCCUUGGUGGUCAUGACGAUCUUAUCUGGGAUUGUUGGCCAUGCUUUACCAGCCUUGAUUCCUCAAAGAUUGACCCAAUUCCUCGCUAGUGCUCUUUUCGUUGUCUUCGGGUACAAAUUGUUCAGAGAAGCCAAAGAAAUGUCCAACGAAGUCGGGGUCAGUGACGAAAUGGCAGAAGUCGAAGAAGAAAUCGCUCUUAGUUCUAUCAAUGAAAAAAAUGGCGAUUUGGAAACCGGAUCUGGUGGUUAUACUAAAGCAAAGAGCAGUGGCUUCCAGGAGUACUUGUCGCAAUUCAAGCAACUUCUUGGGUUUGUAUUGUCGCCAACUUGGGUUCAAGUGUUUGUUUUAACUUUCUUGGGCGAAUGGGGUGACAGAUCCCAAAUUGCGACCAUCGCCUUGGCUGCCGGUAGUGAUUAUUGGUUUGUGAUUUUGGGUGGCUGUGUAGGCCACACCAUGUGUACCGGGGUUGCGGUUCUUGGUGGGAUGUUUUUAGCAUCAAGAAUCAGUAUGAAACAAGUCACUCUUGGUGGUGCUGUCACUUUCUUGCUUUUCGCUGUUUUAUAUUUCUACGAAGCUAUGUGGGGCGAACAUUAG